ACAAGGCAUUGAAGACUGUUCUGGGAGAGAAAUGGCAUCCAAAACUUUCUCAGAAGAUGAUUUCUCCUGUCCUGUGUGCUAUGAAAUUUUUAAAGACCCUGUUGUCAUGACAUGUAGUCACAGUGUGUGUAAAGAAUGUCUGCAUAAGUUCUGGGAGAGCAAAGAAUCAAGAGAAUGUCCCAUCUGCAGGAGGAAAUCUUCAAGAGAAACCCCACCACCUAAUUUGAUCUUAAGGAAUCUGUGUGAGACCUUCUUACAGGAGAGAAGUCAGAAAGCUUCAGCAGGGUCUUGGGUGAGCUGCAGUCUGCACAGUGAGACACUCAAACUAUUCUGUCAGGAGGAUAAACAGCCUGUGUGUGUGGUAUGUAGAGACUCAAAGAAACACAGGAGCCACACCUUCAGUCCCAUAGACGAAGCUGCAUCAGAGUACAAGGAGAAUCUCAACAUCAAACUGAAGCCCUUGAGAAAGAAACUGAAGACUUUCAAAAAAGUUAAACUUAUAUGUGACCGAACAGCUGAACACAUUAAGGGACAAGCUGAAAAUACAGAGAGGCAGAUCAAGAAGGAGUUUGAGAAGCUUCACCAGUUUCUACGAGAUGAAGAGGUAGCCAGGAUAGCUGCACUGAGAGAGGAAGAGGAGCAGAAGAGUCAGAUUAUGAAGGAGAAGAUUGAGAAGAUGGGCAGAGAGAUCUCAUCUCUUUCAGACACAAUCAGAGCCAUAGAAGAGAAGAUGGGAGCUGAUGACAUCACAUUCCUGCAGAACUACAAGAGUAUAGCGGAAAGAGCCCAGUGCACACUGCAGGAUCCAGAGAGGGUUUCAGGAGCUCUGAUAAAUGUGACAAAGCACCUGGGCAACCUGAAGUUUAGAGUCUGGGAGAAGAUGCAGGACAUUGUUCAGUAUGUUCCUGUGAUUCUGGAUCCCAACACUGCACACCCAGAACUCAUACUGUCUGAGGACCUGACCAGUGUGAGAAAUAAUGAUGAAGAUGACUACUUCGAUGCUGAUGAUGAUGAUAAUGAUGAUGAUUGUGGUGAUAGUGAUGAUAGUAAUGAUAGUAGUAAUGCUGAUGAUGACAGUGAUGAUGAUGAUGAUGAUGAUGAUGAUGAUGAUGAUGACAACAGCGUUGAUGAUGAUAAUGAUGAUCGUAGUGAUGAUGAUAGUAGUGAUGAUGAUGAUGAUGAUGACAGUAACAGAGAUGAGGAUAGUGAUGAGAGACAGCAGCUUCCUGAUAAUCCAGAGAGGUUUGAUAAUGAUUUAUUUGUUCUGGGCUCUGAGGGCUUUAACUCAGGGACUCACUGCUGGGAUGUGAAGUUUAAGGGAAAUCAAGAAUGGGCUGUGGGUGUGAUGACAGAGUCUUUAAAGAGGAAGGGUGACUGUGAGUCCAGGCCUGGACAGUGGUAUAUGUGUUAUGAUGGUGAUGACUACCACGUGGGUUCUAUGCCAAAAUCUCCCAAACGCCUGAGAGUAAAGCGCAGACUCCAGAGGAUCAGAGUGCAGCUGGACUGGGAAGAAGGAGAGCUGUCAUUCUCUAACCCUGUUAAUGAUACCCAUUUAUUCACUCUCACACACACAUUCACUGAGAAUGUUUAUCCAUUCUUCCAUGGUACUACUUCGAUUUUGCCAGUAAAGGUUUCUGUUCUGACAACUUUAUCUGAUAACUAAUAAUCUAACGCGUUACUAUUUCCAAACCAGUUAUCAGAUUAAAGAUACUUAACCAAAUCACUGUGCGUUACUAUACUAAAAGUAAAAAUUCGGAGCAGCACAGAUGUAGUAGCUAUAAACUUUAAUUAAGGUGCACAAAAGGGACUAACGUUUCGAUGCUUCAUGCAUCUUCCUCAGAGUCCUUGCAUAGCAUGGACAGGAGCGCCCAUUAUGUGAAAACAGAAUCACAAUCAGGUGUAGAAGGCGUGGCAGAUCUUGGGCCUCCCUCCAAAGGCUGCACUCAAUAAGUAUGUUAGCCAAAAGAAAAAUACAAGUAAAACUUUUUUACACAUAAGCUUUACAAUCAAACAAUAACUAAAUGAACCAACAAGAGAAACAAAAGAAAAGGAAAAGAAAAUUGCUAGACAUUUCAUGGAGAGGAGAAAACUCGCCAGUAAUUUAAAAAAAAACUACUUUUCAAUCUAUUUUAUUUUUAUUUUUAGAGAGUCAAUGGCUAAAAGUCAUAUAUUAACCUAGUAUUACAGGAAACACGACAGGCUCAAUUCUUCAUUGAGACCAGAAGGCUCAAGUGUGCCCAGUGUGUAAAUCCAAUAGGCCUCCCUGCAUAGAAGCUUCUUAAUAACAUUGCCGCCUCUAGGUGGUGUGGAGACUGUGCGUUACUAUUUUUGUCAUUUUCCUUAGUACAAAUAUUUUUUUUGCUUUCUUCUUGUUG